UAGCUAAAGCACAAAUUAGUGAUUCAAAGCUAUUUUCUGACCCAAGAAAAUUAAGAGCUCCAAAAUACCAAAAACACAAGGAAAAAAAAUGAAGCCAAUUAGUCUAGUUUCUGAUCUCAUGAUUUUUUCAUUAUUUAUCUUGUCAUUUCAAUUCUCUCUCACUACUACCCACGCUGCUGGUGGGAAAUGGCAGCUCUUGCAACAAAACGUCGGCAUUUCCGCCAUGCACAUGCAACUCCUCUACAACGACCGCGUCAUCAUGUUCGACCGCACCGACUUCGGCAAAUCCAACUUGUCCUUACCCAACGGUACAUGCGUCAGAAACGACUGCACCGCCCACUCCGCCGAGUACGACGUCACAACUAAUACCGUCCGCCCCCUCACGGUUCAAUCCGACAUUUGGUGCUCCUCCGGCUCCGUAGCCCCCAACGGCAACUUGAUCCAAACCGGUGGCUACGACAUAGGAGAGCGCCGCGUUAGGGUUUUCAAGCCCUGCACUGGUUGUGAUUGGAAGGAGUAUGAGAAUACCUUAGGCGUGAGCCGCUGGUACGCCACCGAUCAUAUUCUGCCCGACGGACGGCAGAUCAUCAUCGGCGGAAGGCGGCAGUUCAACUACGAGUUUUAUCCGAAGACCGAGUCUUCGAGCAAUGUCUACAGCUUGCCCUUCCUUGUGCAGACUAACGACCCCAACGAGGAAAACAAUCUUUACCCUUAUGUUUUCCUCAAUGUCGAUGGGAAUUUAUUCAUUUUCGCAAAUAAUCGAGCAAUUCUUUUAGAUUAUGUCAUGAACAAAGUCGUUAAAACCUACCCGCAAAUACCCGGCGGCGACCCGAGGUCGUACCCUAGCACCGGUUCAGCCGUGUUGCUGCCAUUAAGGAACUUGACGGCUCCGUCUAUUGAGGCUGAGGUUUUGGUCUGCGGUGGAGCUCCAAAAGGGUCUUAUAUCCAGGCAAUAAAGGGUACUUUUGUGGAAGCUCUCAACACAUGCGGUCGGAUCAAAAUAAACGACCCGAAGCCGCAGUGGGUUGUGGAGACUAUGCCUCAAGCUAGAGUCAUGAGUGACAUGUUAUUGCUCCCAGAUGGCACGGUUGUGAUCAUCAACGGUGCAUCUUUUGGGACUGCGGGUUGGGAACUCGGACAGAAUCCUGUGCUCGAACCACUUGUGUACCGACCAGAUAACGCUGUUGGGUCACGGUUUGAAAAACAAAACCCUGCCCCAAUACCGCGAAUGUACCAUUCCACCGCGGUAUUACUACGUGAUGGUAGGGUGCUCGUUGGAGGUAGUAACCCUCAUGAUAAAUACGAGUUAGCCGAUGAGUUAUUUCCAACAGAAUUGAGAUUAGAGGCAUUUAGUACUGAUUAUUUGGAUGCCAAGUACUCGAAGUUGCGUCCGAGAAUCGUUGAUCCCAAAUCACAAGCUAAAAUCAGUUACGGAAAAAAAUUAUUCAUUCGGUUUUCGUUGAAGGGAAGCAUAGCAACGAAUUUGGUGAUGGUGACGAUAGUGGCGCCGUCAUUUAAUACACAUUCCUUCUCAAUGAAUCAGAGGCUGCUGGUUCUUGCGGCGGAGACCGUAAAAAAGGUAGGGACAAUGACGUACCAAGUUCAGGUGACGACGCCGGGUUCCGGUAAUCUUGCGCCUUCCGGAUAUUAUCUUCUCUAUGUGGUGCAUCAGCAAAUUCCAAGUGAAGGCAUCUGGGUCCAAAUUCUGUGAUGACAUGAAAGUUAUAUUAUACAGUUUGUGUAGUGCUUCCUUCUCUUCUUUUUUACUUCAUUUUUUUAUCACAAAAACAUGAUUGAUUGUGAGUUGGAAAAAUAAAAAUGUUCAUAGACAGAACAGCUUUGAUUCCGCUUUGCAAGUUGUAUUUGUACUUCUUUUUAUUUUUAUAACUUUACCAAA